AUGCCAGCAGAUAACACCAAUCAGGCCCAUGUCUUCUCGCGUCAAGUUGCACUUGUUGAAGUGAACGUAUCGAAUAUUCGGGAAAACGUCAGUAAAGUUCCAGGGAAAGUCAUUGAACGCGCAGUUGAAUGUAACAUUGGUAACUGUUGGCCAAGGCCCAUAGUCUAUGAAAUCAUCUCUCAAGUCGUCACAGCCACUGACGAUUAUAGCUUUGGCAGUUCCAUUGAAAGCAAACAGGUAGUCACAUCGUUCAGUAUCCUUGCUCACUUUCACACAUUCUGCAUCAAUAGUGAAACCCGAAAGGAUUGGUUCUGCGGCGACGAGGAUGGGAAGUAUGAGAACUAUUCGGAGAAUCAUUGCAGUUUAUGCAUCCACUGGGUAGAAUACGAGGAAAUGGCUGAAACCAACCACGUCAGUGAUAGGAUAGAAAGAGCGGAGAAAUGGACAAUGUGCAAGUCUGAGAAAUGUUAUUUUUGGUGA